AUGGCUUCCGACCAGAAGAAGCUCUCCGUGUCGAGGCACGCCAUGACGAUUCCCACGCAUUCGGAGCAAAGCGAAGGAAGCAGGAAACGAAGGAAGAAGAAGAAAGGAUGCCGACGACGCAAACGAGAAGACGAAAAGCCGGCCGCGAGCGUCUUGCCGGCGCAAGAGUCCACCUCAACCUCCCGGCUCUCGUCAUCGGCAGUCUCAAGUUCGACUUCAGUCGUCGCCGUGUCGCCAAGGACGGCGGACUCGACAGCGUCUGCACCCGGGACCGAAGCGAUUAGCGGCAAACUUGCCUGUCCGUGGCCCAAAGGAAUACCCAACGGCGUCAAAGUGUCGUUACAACAGAACUCGGCCACCGACAAGGCUCCGCACCCGGAACCUUCCGAACCACGACCCGUCGUCCCGAAAAGUCGAGAGAAGCUGCAUUCGGAGCCUUCUCUCGGAGGCGCGACUCCUCUCGGCUGGACCCAGGGUCGAAGCAAGAGCCGAUCCUGUUCACGUAUCUGGGGCGGGAGCCUCUUUGACCUGUCCCCGAGCACCAAGAUUGAAGAGACGCCCCUGUUGAUCGGAUCCCACUCGAGCAUGCCCGAGCUGUUCGGCCGGUGGGCCGCUUCGCCCUCGAUGGAGCCCCACAGUUCCGGAGUGAACGACGGGAUCCCGGCUGGGGCUCCGCGCUCCACCGGCCAGUCGUUUAGCGCUCCUGACGCAUCAAUUUCGCCGCCGAACGCUGGAAGACGUGGCGCUGGCAGACAACUCUACUGUGAUUCAAGCAUGUGUUACCUGAGCCCUAUUCGCUGCCCUAAGAAGCUUCCCAGCGCUACAGUCGCGGAGCCCGUGGUCGGAAUCAAUCGAGUCAAAGCAGCGGUGGUCGUCGUAGGUUUCGGCCUAUUCUGGCUCUUGUUUCUGGUCACUCUCCUCUUCCUCUGGGAACACCGCGAGAUCACUUACCAUAAGGAUCCGCUGUGCAGAACGGAAGACUGCGCUAAACACGCCAAUCUUCUCGUCGACAUCAUCUCCACGUCGAAUGUGAAUCCGUGCGACGACUUCGCCGCGUUCGUCUGCUCCGCCCGUUCGCUCCCUGGGUUUCCAUCCAACGGCAACCAUUACGAAUCCGCCAUGGGCACCGUCAUCAACAACUGGUACAGCCGACUCGACGAGAUGCUCCACGUGGCUUUCACGAUGGCUCCUAUCGCUCGCAAACCACUCAGGAUGUACGAGUCUUGCCUAGAAGACUCGCACCUCGACUCGGACGCUGCGGAGUUUCUGCGUUUCGUGAACGAGACGGAGCUGAGUUGGCCCGCGGAGCCCGGGAAAGAUGUGGACGCCCUGUCGGUAUACGUGUCACACGCGUUCUACUACGAGGCUCCCGCCUGGUUUUCGAUAGCUAUUCGGGAGACGCCCAAGAACCGCAGCUCCUGGCGGCUCAUCGUCUCUCCGAGCCCUUACCUGCCCGAGAUGUUAGAGCGGCACGAAAGUGCCUCCCGAAGUGGCUCCUACAGUGCUUACUGCGAGAGCCUGCUUCGAGCGAUCGUAGGCAUCGAUGCCGAGCGUCUAGGCUGGGACGAACGAGUUAUCAACGAGACGGGCGUCAUGGAGCACGACGUCUUGUGGAAGUUGUACGGAGCAACGAUGGCGGCGGGUGGUCCACGCGAGUCAUCUGCGCUGACGCCUAUUGAACGCUUGGACAACUACACUCCCUCAGUUUCCGGCGCGCGCUGGCUGACGGCGCUGCAGCGUAGCCUUCCGCUGCAACCGAUGAUGGCUACAGAGGUGUACCUAACCGACGUGGCGUACAUGAGAGCCGUGGGCGAACUUUUCGCCAAGUACGACGACCGACAACUCGUUCGACAUCUCUCCUGGCUCUUCGUGCAGCGAUACGCCCCCAUUGUCAACGUCACCGUUCUCGUCAAUCGCUUCGAUGACGUCGAAAGCGCGAACGCCGCUCGCCGCUCGUUCUGUGGCUGGAACGUCGAUGAGUCGUACGGUCUGUUAAUCUCAGUGUUGUACUUUGUCUCGAGAGUUUUCAGGCCCGACAAGACGUCUAUUGACACGGCCUUCGACUUUUUGACCCUGGCAGCGAGCAGUCUUGUUGCAGGGUCAAGCUGGCUAGACACCCAGAGCAAAUCGAUGGCGGUAGAAAAGCUGAGGGCUGUUAAUAUGAGCAUCUGGCCAAGCAAGGUGCUUCUAAAUACUCAAGUCCUGGACACUAUCUACAGAGACUUUCCAGAAAAACUGCAUUCGAUCACGGGCUACUGGACCGAGUCGCGAAGAAAGCUUCGCGAAGCGGUGCAGCGCCCAUUCUACCGCCAGUUCUCGAACCAGCCGAUGAACGCGGCAGAACCGUACCUCACGUACGAAGCCACCGAGAAUCGCGUUCUCGCCGCCAUUGGUGCCGUCUCCAGGCCGUUGUACUAUGGCAACGGCACCAGAGGCAUGCUGUAUGGAGGCAUCGGCUUCUUGAUGACGUUGGAAAUCGUCAAGUCGCUGGACACUAACGGUUUGCGCUGGCAUCCCAACGGCAGCUUCGUCCCUUCCAUGCUAACCGACGAGUCGACGGAGAGGUUUGAGGCCCGCGACUCUUGCUUCGGGAAGAACGAGAGCGUCUUUCCCGAAGUUCCGGCCGUCGAAGUAGCUUACUCGGCGCUUCAAGAGGCGCUGGCGAGAGACAGGCGCCGAUUCAGGCUCGCCGAGAACUUGACGGAAGAAAUGGUCUUUUUCCUGACACUUUGUUUGAUGACGUGUCGCCGGAAGCAUACGCUGAGCACUGCCAGCGCCGACUGCAACAAGGCCGUUCGAAACUUUGCCCCCUUUGCGACGGCCUUCUCCUGUCCCGUGGGAUCAAGUAUGAAUCCACGCGAAAAGUGCGAGUUCUUCGUCUGA